UGCGGGGACCGGAGAGUCUGCAUUUAAAGCAGAUUCUCGGAUCAGCUUUUUUUCCUUCCUCUUAUCUGAAUCCGUUAUCCGGUUUGGUCAGCUGAACGAGAAAGAAUCUAACGGGAUGUUGGAGUAGCGCGGGAUGCUGUGCGGUGGAAACACCGUGGGAGGAGGAGGAAGGCUCGGAGAGAACCAGCAUGGCUUCCCCGCAGCUCCUGCCCGCACACGGGGGAGGCAGAGAGCCCACAGAGCCCGGACAGCCCGGGGGUCCCGGUGUCCUUGAGCGGGUGUUACACGGCCGGAGGUCGGACGGCUCAACAGGAGGAGCGCUCCCGGGGGAGGGCGGUGUUCUGCCAAUCUCUGCUGCUUUGCCAAAAAAAUACGACAGUUUGUGUGCGGGCAGCAUGGAUUGGCAGAGCCCCGGCUGUAACCACGGCCAUGGCCGGCCGGUGCCGUCAGCACCACGGACAGCGGAGCUGAAGCGCUGCCCCCCCGUGGAGGAAACCCGGGUCUGCUGCGACAAGGAACUAGAGACAUCCUUCACUUUUGUGGACGAGAACGUGAACUUAACACUGGCCAGCCCGGAGACGAGUUGUAAAAGCAGCCUGAGGCCGGUGCGUAACGGCUGCGAGCCGUGCUCAGAGACCCUACCGGACCUGUCCUUCAUCUCCGAGGACGAGCUCUCCUUCGGGGAGAGCUCCGGAUCCGUGGACUACGGCUUCAUCAGCGCCGUCACCUUCCUGGUGACCGGGAUCUCCCUGGUGAUCAUCUCCUACGUGGUGCCCCGGGACGUGCAGGUGGACCGGGACAGCGUGUCUGCCCGGGAGAUGGAGCGGCUGGAGCGGGAGAGCGCGCGGGUGGGCGCGCACCUGGACCGGUGCGUGAUCGCCGGCCUGUGCCUGCUCACGCUGGGCGGGGCCGUGCUCUCCACGCUGCUCAUGGUGUCCCUGUGGAAGGGCGAGAUGUACCGCAGGAAGGUCGUGGCUUACUCCAAGCGAUCGGCCAAGCUGUACGGCUCCAUCAGCCUGAAGACUCGGUCCAGCCCGAGCCAUUCCUCCGCACACUUGUCCCUGGAGGAGGAGAUCACGGUGGAAACUUUGACUUAAAGCCAUUACAUCUGUGAUAUAUUCAUGGAUUUUAAUGAGGACUAAUGCCAUAAGUGUGCAUUCUCUAAUAUAUUGCACACUAAAACAAUGUUGAUACAUCAAAGUGUAAAUUCUGCUUAAUUUUUUGUGUUUUAUCUAAAUCUUAUUAUUUCAUGAUUUUAAAAAAGUGAUCACUAAAAGCAAAGUGAUCAAUUGCAAACAUAGGAUGAAUAGGAGAAGACAGCUGCGCUUCCUCUGAUUGCUGCCAAUUGCAGUGGGUGCUGGACUUGAAAGAAACUUAACUUGAAGAUCCCACAAAGUGGUGAAAGCAGCACACCAAAAAAUGUCGAUGCAAGACAGGCUCAGUUACACAUUUCCAUCUUUUAUUGUAAUAAAAAAGCAAUAAAAUAUGGAAAUGUGUAACUGAGCCUGUCUUGCAUCGACAUUUUUUGGUGUGCUGCUUUCACCACUUUGUGGGAUCUUCAUGUAGGAUGAAGUUGUUCUCAAAUUAUUCAAAGGAGACAUAUUAUGAAACUUUUUGUUCAAAGGGUUUUUUAAAUUUCUUAAGGUCUUAAUGAAAAAAGUUGUGGCUUGCUUUUUUCAAAAUGCUAUAGAUGCUGUGCAAUAUCUUCUUUUUCAGCCUUGUCCUUGUUGCUCCCAUUGCUGUAGUUGUUUCGGCCCCUCAGGCCUUUCACUCCACUUAACCCCACUGUUUUUUUUAUGGAUUUUGCCUUUUUUUGAAACCAUUAUCAAGACUUUUUGCUGUACCACUUCAGAGCUGGAGGCCAUGCAGCAUUAUGGGCAGUUUGGGCAUGGGUUAGACGAGGCUACAACUCUGAUCUGGGACUGUGAUGUCACAGUCUUCUGUAAGACUGACUGGCUAAUUGAAACUGACAUUGUAAGAACUAGAAGAGCUGGUUUGAAGCCCAGUUUUCAGGGCUCUGGAUGGUGCUAUAUUGGCAGGACCAGACUGCACCUAACCCCCUAUUAAUCCAAAAAUGUGCAAAAGCCUGUGAUAAAUAAGCCUACCAAUUGGUUGAAGCACACCCGCGUUAUUGUGGUAACAACAAGCUUGCUAUUUUUAGCUUAGUUUAGUUCACAUGUUAAUUAAAAUUACCCUACAUUAAUUCUGAUCCCUAAAAUCUGGUAAAAAAAACCGCUUUCAUUGUAAUUGUUUUAGUUCAAACACAAAAAUAAAUGCUCUCAAACAAACAUAAAGUGAUAUGUAUUCAUAAUAUGUCCCCUUUAAUAAAAAGUAUUGGAAAUGUUAAGAGCUACGUUUGACAAACAAAGGGUGGAUCAGAUUUUUUUUCAUACCCAGGAUGCAACCUCUCAGAGCUUCCAUAUAUUAUUAAGGCUAUUCAUAUUUAAUGUGAAGGUUUUCCAACAGCAAAAUUGCACACGGACAUAUUUCAGGAAGCAGGCAAACGUGUGUGUCCCCAGGGCAGGAGAGUGGGCGUAAGUAGGGCUGUAAAGCUGUCCCUGUCUGCCGUGACUUGGGAGAAUCGGCUCAAUGAUCCACAUGGUAAUAUCCAGUGACAGUUCCUCUCUGGUGCAGUGCGGAGGUAAGCCACUGAGCCUGGCUGUUUGCAUGUGAGAGCCCCACGUUGUUCACUUUUUGUGAGAGACUUGACCUGACAGCGCUGACAUCCAUGCACCUUCCUCUGCCUUUCCUUUGGGUGUGUUUGCUCUCCUAUUUGCCCGUGUUGCCUCAUAUGUCAGAUUUUUUUGUCAUGGGAGCCUUUCCGUGUUCCUGUGUGCUUUUUCACCUAUAAAAUUCACAAUAUAUUUAGAAUUAGAAAUGUGUGGGAAGGCUCCUGGAUGACCAUAGCCCAAGUGCCUGCAACUCUUGGAGGUUGAUCAGAUUUUACAUAUCAGGCUGUUUUUCUUUUUCUUUUUUUCUCAUCCCCUGCCACUUGAAGAUUGGCUUAAGGACGUCUAAUCACACAUGAAAGAGCUGCCCUACUUCCAAAACUUAAGCUGCUGUGACUUCAAAGAACCAAUUACUUCUUUAAUGUAGGAUAUCAUUCUUCUAAAACGUUUUUAUUUGAUGUUAUCAAAGUGAUUUGCAGGUAGACGCAGGGAGCUCGGCUGAAGCACUGAAUCAAGUGCAGUCUUGAAAAGCUCUAGUAACCAGGCAAAGACCAGACUGCUAAAUAUACAUACACAGUUAUAAUAAAUAUACAUACACACAUAAAUGUACAUAUACAUAUUGUGUGAGGAAGG